UUAAAGAAGUAAUUUUAGGAGUAAAACAAAAAAUCAAAUUUAGAGUUAAAUUCGCACGUAAACGUAUUAAAAAAUAUGUUUUAAAAAGUGUUAUUAAAGAUAAUGAAAUUAAAAAUAAAUUGGAUCAUAAUAAUGAAUAUAAAUCUAAUGUAAAAUUUGAAAUUCCCCCACGAAAUGACACAAUACUUAAGUCGGUUAGACAUAGUAUCGAUAGGCAUUAUAUUAACGUUUCUCAUAAAAUUAAAUUCAAGAUCAAAUUUGGGUUUUUUGGAGGAAGAGAUAUUGCAUGGGAAAAGGAUAUUAAAAUUGAAAAUAUGAUUACACAAGAUUUAAUGUAA